AUGAGUGAAAUCAAUGAAUCCCUAAUUGAAGCACCUCUGAAGGCUCUGCUUGAAGAUGUAUUGUUCUAAUUGGAAGGCUAUCUGGAAGGAUAAAAUGAUUUGAAGAUGAUCGAACAUUAAUUGAAGGACUAUGACACCUUGUCUGGACUAGUUAAAAUAAUCGGCAAUGUGUUUAAGACUCUCAUGAAGAAGAUUGAUAAAAAGAUCACUCAACUCAAAAUGAAUCAGAAUGACAAUAGUUCUUAUAGAAGUUAUCAACCUGAAGAAGAGUACGAGAAAUUAGAGUAAAUUAUCUAAAAACAUGAAGCUGAAAUCAGAGGACAUAUCAGUAUUGAAUAGCAACUCAAAUUGUAUAAUGAAAGUCUACAACAAAAGAUUGAGGAUAUGGAGAAACAACACAAAGAUGCCUUAGAAUAAAUGCAGAAAUCAAUGAAUCUAUUGAAGAAGGAUUUGGGCAAAUCUAAUCAGAGUUAUCGAUAACUCAUCAAAGAAAAUGAACAAUUAAGAGAAUCAGCUGAACAUCCCCUCAAUCCUAAGGCUAUCAUCCACACUGAAGGAGAAGUCAAUGGAAGAAUCAAAGACAAAAAGUACACAUUUUGUCAUUCAGAUCACAGAUUAAAGAAGGUCGAUUAUAGUAGUGAGUAUCCUACAUCUAGUGUUAAUCUGCAAUCCUAAAAUUCCAUGAGAAACUCCACUCCCUUGAAAUCACAGUCCCAACAUCAUAAGUCUGGUGGCAAACUCAAUACUCAGAUACAACAUCGCAACUCUCAAGAAUAAGAUUUAUUCACCAAAUAUAACCAACUCCUAAAAUAACAUGCCUAAUCCAUCACUCAAAGAUCUCAAAUCAUCUAAGCAAGUUAGUACUUAAUCAAAGGUGGCUUUGGUAAUCAAAAGAAUUAGAGGAGCACUCUUAAUGUCAUCUCCGAUAUUUGCAAUGCCUAAUUAUUGAGAUCUUCCUUAAGAACCAAAAGCCAAGGAAAUAGUGCUAAAGCAGGAAAUACUAAUUCUCAGAACAACAUCAAUGCAACCAACAAAAAUACUACCCAAAAAAUUAUAUCAGAAACAUCAAAAACUAAUGAAGCCAUUCAGAGACUACUCAAACUUAAAUGA